AUGUCAUCGAGUGAUAGGUUUGUAUGGAUUGUGACAAACGAUGCGUUCAAUUCCACUCAUAAACGCCGCCAACACGUCGUCAGUGCUCUCCCGACGACUUCCAGUCAAACGGUUUGUCCGCCAAUACAUCGAUCCAUUAUCACCGGCUGUGGCCUCGAGUUUACCACAGAAUACACGUUAAACGCACACCAAAUGGCUGUCCGUAAGGGCACGACGUCUACCAUCGGCUACGGUUACGACACCCUUCGUAUUGAUGACACGGCCGGCGCCACCCGUGCGGCCAAUCGCACGGGUCAUGUGUGCGACAAAUGCUACAUAAUAUUUGUCACCAAACCUGGUCUCAGAAGCCAUCGGCGGCGGACCGUUCACUCGGCGACGGCGGCCACCAAACAGUACGUCUGUGCGCACAACUCGUGCGGCAAAUCGUUUGGUACGUCACGCGGUCUGAAGAGACACCGCCUUCGCGUCCAUCAGGCGGUGAGCGGACAAUACCGGUGCGACUGCUGUGCCAAACGCUUUUACCACAACUAUUCACUUAAACAGCAUCGGCUGACUGUCCACUCGGAGGCGGCCACUCGUGUACUACAGGCGCCCAUUGCGACAGAAGUUAAUGGCCCGUCCGUUGCUAUGGAGACUACUGUAUCUAAUUAUAUACCGAUAGCGCCCGCGACUGUCCUACCGGUGACCCAAUUCUCCCGACCGUCGCAGCGCUACUGCCCGACGACUGCCACCACUGAACCAAAUAACAGUACUUUGGACUCUGAGGUCGAAGUAAUCGAUGAAUUGCCGGCUUAUAAGCGCUUAGUGCGGACGCGACCCAUCACUGGCCACACAUCGAUGCCAACAAUCAUUGAUAUCUCCGAUACGAGUAGUGAUGAAAAUAGUGGACACGAAUCGGCCGACAGUGAGCCAGAAGUGAUGGUCAUUAGUCACUAUUCGGACUCGUUAUACACGUGCGGUGUCGACGGCUGCGGUCAACGGUUCAUAUGGCAGAUCGGACUCGACGGCCACCUCAGGAACGCCCACAAAGUGGCCGUCGAUCGGCGGCACCCGUGCGGCCAUUGCGAGCACUCGUUCGAUACGGUCGACCAGUGGGCGGACCAUAAGCUCGAAUGCAUACGAACACUGCGGUCACUGCGUGAGUAUAUGUGCCACAAAUGCGGCGAACCGUACGUCACGAACGAAGAACUGGCCCAACACUUGCGGAGCCGACACCCGUCCACACCAUUCAUACCGUGCGGAGCGUGUAAUCUCUGGUUUCUGACGGACACACACCGCGACCGGCACAGGGAGUCAGUCCACCCGCGGCCGCAGUUUGCCUGCGACCAAGAGUUUUACAUUCGACGGCAACUGAUUGGCCAUCAAUACACUGUCCACUCGCAGCCGAUGCCCAACCCGUUUACGUGCGAUGAGUGCGGCCAACACUUUGCCAGAGAGGUAACACUGCUCCGACACCAGAUGUCUGUCCACUCUAUAUCACCGCCGGUGUCCGUCACGUGCGAGAAGUGCGACAAAUGGUUUGUCAAUACAAACGACUUAAGACAACAUAAACGGCGUAAAAAUCAUUAA